AUGGCUGUUGAGGUCAUUCCUCUUACCGAGGCAGAUAUUCCUGGUGCUAUUGAAGUAAUUCAGCGGGCAUUUGCAGACGAUCCCUAUUUUAAGUGGGUCUUCGAUUCAUCCAAGUUCAAUAAGCAGAGAAAUUUUGAUUCCCUCGCAGCACGUUGCCAUUGGGGAAUUAAGAAUGCACUAUUCCACGUCGCAAAGGAAACCCAAGAUGCCCACUCCAAGUCCCACAGCGCCCCACUAACCCCCAUCCCAAUUCUCGGCGUUUCCUGCUGGCUAGCGCCCCACCCACCCACGCAACCAGAGAGCUGGUACUCCUGGUUUCAAUCAUGGACUCUAUCCUUCAGCCAGGUGCUCAACAAUAUCUGGUACUUUGGCCGUGGCGGACUGCGCACAAAUAGGUACUGGAUUUGGAAACAGCGACAGGCCGAGGCCCAGGCUGCUAUCUGGGAUGAUCCGCGCGGGUACUAUUUCUGUAAUAUUGUUGCUGUUAGCCCCGAGAUGCAGGGAAAGGGUGUUGGGAGGUUGUUGUUUGAGGCUGUUCUGAGAAGGGCGGAUGAUGAAGGGGUCAAGUGUUAUCUUGAGAGCUCAAAGAGUGUACCUAAUGUGGCGAUCUAUGAGCGCAUGGGCUUUCACAUGAGUAAGGAGAUGGAGUGUCGGGAUGGGGUGGAUGCUUGCAUGUUGUACUGCAUGGUCCGGGACCCAAGAAAGGCAUGA